AUGAGCUUUUCUCGCAAACUUAAAAUUGAUGAGAUAUUAGCACCAAUACCAACACCAACAAAUGUCAAAUCGAAAAGACUCUUUUUGAGCCCAUCCGACAUUGAAAAACGUAAAAAACUGUAUCAAAAGAAACGUACGACAACUCGAAAUGAUAGCAAAUCUCCUCUCAAGCGACAAUCACAAGGACAUGGACUAAAAACACAGGAACGGCCCAGAGUUGACCCACUAUUAUUUACAAAAUUGUUUCCUACUUAUGAACUGAAACUUUCAACAAGAACCAACAACAAAAAAGAAGCAGAAGUGAAAACUAAACAAGAAGAAGAAGAAGAAGAAGAAGAAAUUUUUAGCUACCUUGAAAGCUUCAAACCGUUUGAGUCCGUCAUUGGAGUUGCAAGAUUUGAGAAUAUAGCGAAAAGUCUUGAUAAGGCAUUCAAGAAAAGACAGCUUGCUGAGUAUAUCAACUAUUUGAAAAAGAAGUUUCCCGAGAAAAAGAAGUUGACAAAAAAUCUUACAAAACCUCAGCUUAUACAAUCUAUCAUAUCUGAGGGAUGGAAUAUAACGAAAUCCUCAAAACUAGGCGGAGGGCAAGUAAUGAGCACUAAGGUGUUUGGCUUGACCCCAGUGAUUCAGUUUUUGCUAAAACAGAAACGAUCUCAAUUUCUUCAAAAUCUCGUGUCAUCUAAAUUGCAAACAAAAUUGAUAGGUUCAAACUUGAUUGUUUCUGGGUUGACUUCCAAACUUACAUUUUUAGAGGCGGAAUUCGCUCAUCUUGCUGAUAAUAUACAAACUAAGAUCUUGGAUCUUUCUCAAUUAAAGCCUUUUUACAAUUUGGAGAAUAUCGAUUUGGAGAGUAUUUGCGAAACAUCUCUGGUGUUUAUUGAAAAGACUGAUGAUGACAAACUUGUCCUACUGGCUAGUUUUCAAGAUGAUAUUAAUUUGGCAAAAAGAUUAAUAAGUUGGAGUAUUAGCGAGCAAAAUCGGCAUAUAAAGACCAACAUUUACAACAAAAAUGUGUUUCUUAAGGCAAGUUAUGUCCCUUUUUUAAACAACGAAGUAUGGACAUGGUCUGAGAAAGAUUUUCAAUACUAUAGCAUAUUUAAAAAUGACGAAAGACCCGGGCGCUACAAUGAUAUUAUAUUUGAGAAAUUUGACAAAAUGAAUGAUAUCUUUUUAGAAUCAAAGAGUUUAGAGGAAUUAUCGAAUUCUCGACUUUCUUUUAAACUAGAAUCUUCAAGAUCUCUUGAUGAAGGUCUCAAGUUUCUCAAUAGAGAUAUAUCUAAUGCAAAUGCACAUGCUAUACUUGAGAACGAGGGUCCCAAAGAGGAUUCUAAAAUAAAGGAUGUUAUUGCAGCAUUUGAUUGGAAGAAAUUAUUAAGCAACCAAAGCGCUUCACCAUUACUAAAGAGCGAAAAGGAAAAGCAUGAAAGUCUUGAAGAGUUGCGUCAUCAUUUAGGCUCAUUCACUGAGAGCAAUUUUGACAUUGAUGAGUUUCCUGAUGUGUCCAAAUUAGUGGAAGAUGUGGAGAAAAAGAGUAAUGAUCAAGUUGUUGAUGAUUUGAGAAAGGAGUUGGGAGCCUUUAGUAGUGAUUCUUCUUCUGAAGUUUCAAUGUUUGACGAAUUGUUGGAAGGAGUUGACACCGUGACUUCCAAUGAAGCUAACACGAACGAUUAUGGUUGUUUGAGAGAAGGAACACAGGAGAAUAAUAAUACUGAUAUCGAUGACAAUAUCAGAAUAGAGGGGAAUAAUAACAAUAAUGAUAUUGAUGACAAUAUCAGAAUGGAGGAGAAUAAUAACAAUAAUGAUAUUAAUGACAAAUUGAUUUUUCCAGAAAUACUGUCCCUCAAAGAAAGUGAAAUUGAUGAAUUUUAUGACCAGUUGAACUUGGAUGGGAAAAGCGAGGAUCCUUUGUUAUUUCAAACUUAUACUCUUCAAUUUGGUUCGAUAUUACUUCAAGAACGCAAAAGCAACACCAAGAUCUUUCAAAUUCCUUCUUCUCCGACGGUAACUAAGGAAAGCCAAUUCAAAUUCUUAACCAAUGUACCGUUCAUCAAGGAUAUUGCAUCUUCAUUGCCCAUUUUAUUUGAUAAAAAUCAAGCUUUCACAAACAAGUUCCAAAUCCGGUUAAUACCAUCCAUCUACCAAGAUUCAAACAACUUAAAUUCAAAGCAAAUUGCCAACUAUCCACCUAUUGAAAUCCAGGCUAAUUUAAACAGUUGGGGUAAGAUUGAUUUGGACACUCUUGAGAUUUUAUCUAUUGAAACCAUGAACAAUAUAUGCAUACCUUUGCACCAUCUUCCAUGUGAUAUACAGAUAUCAAAAACAAGCAUUAGCAAUAAGCUACCGUUACCCCUGAAGCUGGAGCACGAGCAACCUGACUCUGUAGAUUUGUCAACUAGAUUCAGUAGUCAACCUGAUUUGGCAAAUUUCCUUGAAAAAUCAAGUCUACACUUUACUGGUAAAGAUAAAGUACAUAUCGAGCCCUCGAUUGAGUUGAUCGUUGACAAUAAGCUAGUGAAGUACGACUUUGUUCACCUCACAUAUAGAACUGAUCUUUCAUUUGAUUUUAGAGGCAGAGAAGUAUGUUUGAGUUUGUUAGAGGGCGGUGAAUUUGGAGGAAGAAGAUUCGAAGUAAUCAUGGGCGAAGGAAAACUAACCAAGGAGGAAUUUGGUAAAUUUGUCAAGGAUGGAAUUCGAUUUAUCUCACUAAUUAAAUGA